AUGGCUGUACAGGACCAAAAACAUCAGGAUGCGGACACUAUUUUGCUCGACGAAAGCGGAAAUCCUUUACAUGCAGCGAAUGUUAACCGUGUUCCAGUUUUGAGGAUAUUUGGCUCAACUCCUGGUGGACAGAAAACUUGUGUUCAUAUUCAUCAAGUAUUUCCUUACUUAUACAUACCUUACGAUGGAACUAAACCCACAGAUAAAUAUCUGAAACAAUUUACGACAAGUGUAGACUUUGCUGUUCAAGUUGCGUUUGGUAGAACAUCAUCUUCUAUGAAAUAUGUUCAUAAAACUGAAAUUGUUAAAAAAAUACCAUUUUAUGGUUAUCAUGAGAACGAAGAAGAGUUUAUUAAGAUGGAGUUGUACAAUCCAAGAAUAAUUCCCAAACUUGUUGAUCUUCUUCAGAAUGGAGCUAUAUUGAACAAGUCAUUUCAACCACACGAAGCUCAUGUUCCUUAUAUUCUACAGAAAUUUAUGCCUGGAUCCUACUGUGAAAAAGUCAGUCGUUGUGAACUUGAAGUUGAUGUAAUUGCUGAAGACAUCUUGAAUCAAAUAAAUGUUGAAAGUUGUAUUGGUCAUAAUCCUGGUAUAACUGCUAUGUGGGAAGAUGAAAGACAACGAAGACGAGAUAUUGGACUAUCUUCACAAGUUGCUCUUCCUGUUUCACAAGGUAGUGAUGAUGAACAUGAUGAAGAUAUUGAUGAAGAUAAAGAAUCAAUAUUAAUGUCACAGCCAUUUUGGAAAGAUGAUGAAGAGGAACAUGAUUCCCAAAGGCUUAUGCAAACCUCGGAGACGUUUGUGAGAACUUUGGAGCAGGUGCAAGCCUUUGACUCUGGUCAUCACUGAUCGAGUUCUCCCAAAGGUCUCCUU